AUGAUUUAUGGUGAUACAAGAGAAUUUAGAAAUAUUCAUUUCCAUUUAAAUAAUAUCAGGAUAGUAGGAGCAAUAUUUGGUCAAGAUGGUUUUAUUCAUAAAAAAAUCCCACUCGCAACCAAAGUGAUUUCUAUAAUUUGUUCAAUUUUAUUUGCACUUAGUUUAGUAGCACCUUCAAUGUUUGGUUCUUAUAAAACCUGUUUAUCAAUUGAAAGUCUAACAAAUUCAUUUUUAGAUAAUCUUUAUAGAAUUAUAUUAUCAAAUUUUGCACAUUUAUCAAUUUAUCAUAUUGUUUAUAAUAUGAUAACAUUUUUAGAUCUUGCAAAAUUAGAAAGACUUACAUUUGGAACAUUAAAAUAUUUUUAUUUAUUGUUUUUAUUUGGAAUUAUUACAAAUUUAAUAUGUUUAUUUAUUUAUUUCAUUGGUAGAAAUAAUGUUUGUCAUUUAGGUUUCUCUGGUGUACUAUUUGCAUUGAUUUAUAUUGAAUCAAAUUCCUCAGGAAGAGAUGUAUUUUUAUUUAAUGCAGUUAAAAUUCCAUCAAAAUUAUACCCAUGGGCAAUGUUAAUUUUAGCCCAUGUUUUUGUACCAAGAAGUUCAUUCAUUGGUCAUUUCAGUGGUAUUGUUGUUGGUAUUUUAUUUAUUAAAGGUUAUUUAGAUAUCUUUAUCUUAUCAAAUCAAAAAUUAUCAGAAAUUGAAUCAUCUCAACUUAUGAAUAUAUUUACAACUAAAAAUAGUUAUUUCCCAAUAAUUAAAUUUGGUGGUUCUCGUAGAUCCUAUAAUACUGAUAGAAAAAGUUUAGAUGGUUUAUUUUUUGAAUUAAAAAAUUUAUUUAACCCACAACAACAACAACAAAGACAACAACAAAGACAACAACAACAACCACAAUCACCACAACCACAACAACCACAACAACCACAACAACAACCACAACAACAACCACAACAACAACCACAACAACAUCAAAGAGAUAAUUUUAGAAACGAUAAUAAUGAUAAUAGUAAUAAUUAUGAUGAAUAUGAUUUCUCAAAAUAA